AUGUCCAUCAACUUCCCCAAGGAGGAAGAGGCCACCAUCGAGAGAUGGCGCGCCAUCAAUCUCGAGCUGUCUGAAGGCCGCCCGCGAUAUACCUUCUACGACGGACCUCCCUUUGCGACCGGUCUCCCACACUAUGGCCACUUGCUGGCAUCGACCAUCAAGGAUAUCAUCCCCAGGUACUGGUCCAUGAAGGGCUAUCACGUCGAGCGCCGCUUCGGCUGGGACACCCAUGGCCUGCCAAUCGAACACGAAAUCGACAAGAAGUUGGGCAUAUCGGGCAAGGCUGCGGUCACCCAGUUCGGCAUCGAAAAAUACAACGAGGAGUGCCGUGCUAUUGUCAUGCGCUAUGCCAGCGAGUGGCGCCUGACCAUUGAACGACUUGGUCGCUGGAUUGACUUUGACAAUGACUACAAGGUGAGCAACCACAAGAUCUCGAGGUGCGCUGCUCGGGGAGCUGACAUUCUCUGUAAGACUAUGGACCCCAAGUUCAUGGAGACUCUGUGGUGGGUCUUCAAGCAACUCUUUGAGAAGGGACAGGUAUAUCAGGGGUAUCGCGUGAUGCCUUACUCGACCGUCCUUACGACUGCCCUGAGCAACUUCGAGGCCAAUCAGAACUACCAGGACGUCACAGACCCAGCCGUUGUUGUCUCGUUCCCUCUCCUCGACGAUCCCACCGUCAAUCUCUUGGCCUGGACCACCACUCCUUGGACACUUCCAUCGCAUACUGGCCUUGCUGUUCACCCUGAGUUCGAGUAUGUGAAGAUCCUUGACGAAAAGUCCGGAAAUACGUACAUUUUGCUCGAGAAGCUCCUCAGCACACUUUACAAGGAUCCCAAGAAAGCCAAGUUCAAGGUCCUGGGCAAGUACACUGGCAAGGACAUGAAAGGAUGGCGCUAUAAGCCCUUGUUCGACUACUUCUAUGAGGAGUUCAAGGACAUCGGUUUCCGCGUCCUCAACGGUACCUAUGUCACCGAUGACAGCGGUACUGGAAUCGUCCACCAAUCUCCGGCCUUUGGUGAGGAAGAUUACAACGUGGCCAUGGAAGCCGGCAUCAUCAGUGAAAGCCGCCCUCCGCCCGACCCCGUCGACGAUACCGGCCACUUCACCGACCGAGUACCAGACUUUGCAGGCAUGCACGUCAAGGAAGCCGACAAGCACAUCAUCAAGUAUCUGAAGAAUACGGGCCGCCUCAUCGUGGACUCGCAGAUCCGUCACUCGUAUCCAAUGUGCCCUCGAUCCGACACGCCUUUGAUCUACCGCGCCGUCCCUUCAUGGUUCAUUCGCAUACCCGAAAUUGUCCCCGACAUGCUGAAGAACAUCGAAGGCUCUCACUGGGUUCCGUCCUUCGUUAAAGAGCGCCGAUUUGCCAGCUGGAUCGCCAACGCUCGGGACUGGAACGUGGGGAGAAACCGAUAUUGGGGCACGCCAAUCCCUCUUUGGGUCAGCGACGAUCUUGAGGAGCGAGUCUGCAUUGGAAGCGUCGAAGAGCUACGCGAACUGAGUGGGUAUAAGGGAGAGCUGGUCGAUAUCCAUCGCGACAAGGUCGACCACAUCACAAUUCCGAGCAAGACAGGUAAGGGUGUGCUGAGGCGAGUCGAGGAGGUAUUCGACUGCUGGUUCGAAUCGGGCAGCAUGCCGUACGCCAGUCAGCAUUAUCCCUUCGAGAACGCCGACAAAUUCAAGCAGUCGUUUCCUGGAGACUUCAUUGCGGAGGGUUUGGACCAGACACGAGGAUGGUUCUACACGCUUCUUGUCCUGGGCACGCAUCUUUUCGGAUGCUCGCCGUUUCAAAACUGUGUCGUCAACGGCAUCGUUCUUGCUGAAGACGGCAAGAAGAUGUCGAAGAGGCUCAAGAAUUACCCCGACCCGGGCAUUGUGAUGGACAAGUACGGGUCGGAUGCCCUUCGCCUCUAUCUGAUCAACUCCCCCGUUGUGAGGGCCGAGCCUCUGCGCUUCAAAGAGAGCGGGGUCAAGGAGGUCGUGCAGAAAGUGCUGUUGCCGCUUUGGAACAGCUACAAUUUCUUCGAGAACCAGACGGCGCUACUGAAGAAGGUCGAAGGCGUCGACUACAUGUGGGACCCAAGUAUGGAAUCGAGCAACACCAACGUCAUGGACCGCUGGAUCUUGGCAAGCUGCCAGAGUCUCCUGCAGUUUGUUAAUGAUGAAAUCGUUAAUGCAGGAUACCGCCUUUACACGGUCGUGCCACGCCUGCUUGGGCUGAUCGACAACACCACCAACUGGUACAUCAGAUUCAAUCGCCGACGACUCAAGGGCGAGAACGGUCUGGACGAUACGCUGCACGCCCUGAACGCGCUCUUCGAGGUUCUGUUCACGCUUUGCCGCGGCCUGGCGCCGUUCACGCCGUUCCUGUCAGACACGAUCUACCUGAAACUCCUCAAGCACAUCCCAAAGAAGUUGCAAGGGGAGGACCCUCGCAGCGUUCAUUUCCUUCCCUUCCCGGAGGUGCGGGAGGAGCUUUUCGACGCCGAGGUUGAGCGGAGAGUGUCGAGAAUGCAGCGCGUUAUCGACCUUGCGAGAGUUUCGCGCGAGCGACGAGGAAUCGGCCUGAAGACGCCACUCCGCACUUUGGUCGUAAUCCACCACAACCAGCAAUACCUGAAUGAUGUCGGGUCGUUGGAGAGCUAUAUCAAGGAAGAGUUGAAUGUGCGAGAUCUUGUCCUCUCUUCGGAUGAGGCAAGCUACGACGUUCAAUUCAGCGUUGUAGCCGAUUGGCCAGUCCUGGGCAAGAAACUACGAAAGGACAUGGCUCGUGUCAAGAAGGCGCUCCCAGACCUGACGAGCGAGCAAGUGCAGGGUUACCUGCGUGACAAGGAGAUUCUCGUGGAUGGCAUUCGACUUGAAGAGGGAGACCUGGUCGUACGACGAGGCUUGCGCGAGGACACCGCUUCAAAGAACUUGGAAAUUAACUCGGACAAUGAGGUGCUGAUCCUUCUCGACUCGGAGAUCUAUCCUGAAUUGGCCCAAGAAGGUUUGGCCAGAGAGGUCAUCAACCGUGUCCAGCGUCUGCGGAAGAAGGCAGGUCUGCAGACAACAGACGAUAUCAGGAUGGAGUACAAGGUGCUGGCCGACCCUCAGGCCAUCGGCCUGGGAGCAGUCCUCUCAUCGCAGACUAGCGCCUACGAGAGAACCCUGCGACGCGGUCUGGAUGAGAUGCGGGAAAGCGUCGACCCCAAGGACAUCAUCGCCGAGGAAGAGCAGGAAGUGCAGCAGGCGACGUUCUUGCUGCGACUGAUGAAACUGUGA